AUGGCUGCACAGACAAGUGAGAAGCUAGAGAAGCUUGACCUGAACGGUCAGAACGGCGACUCCGCCGCGGCCCCAGCGAAAGCGGGCCAAACGGAAGCCGGCGAGGCGGAGGACGACUCGGAUGAUGAUGCAGACGAUACCAAUGCUGCUGCUACUGGUGCGACUGACGGAGCAGCCAAAAAGAAGAAGAAGCGCAAGCCAAAGAAGAAGAAGAAGGGCGGUGCCAAGGUUCAGAGCUCUCCCCCUCGGGUCCCGGUGUCAAACCUAUUCUCGAACGGCCAGUACCCCGAAGGUGAGAUCGUCGAAUAUAAGAAUGAGAACUCGUAUCGCACAACCAACGAGGAAAAACGCUAUCUCGACCGCAUGAACAAUGACUUCCUGCAAGAGUAUCGCCAGGGUGCCGAGGUUCACCGUCAAGUCCGCCAGUAUGCGCAGAAGAACAUCAAGCCCGGCCAGACCUUGACGGAGAUCGCGGAGGGUAUUGAGGACUCCGUCCGCGCUUUGACCGGUCACCAGGGUCUUGAGGAGGGCGACAACCUCAAAGGUGGCAUGGGUUUUCCCUGCGGUUUGAGCAUCAACCACUGCGCCGCUCACUACACCCCGAAUGCGGGCAACAAAAUGGUCUUGCAGCAGGGUGAUGUGAUGAAGGUUGAUUUCGGAGCGCAGCUCAACGGACGUAUUGUUGACAGUGCGUUUACCAUGUCCUUUGACCCCGUGUAUGAUCCUCUGCUUGAGGCCGUCAAGGAUGCUACCAAUACUGGUAUUCGCGAGGCUGGAAUUGAUGUUCGCAUGUGCGACAUCGGUGCCGCUAUCCAGGAGACUAUGGAGAGUUACGAAGUCGAACUAAACGGAACUACGUAUCCCAUAAAACCUAUCCGUAACCUUAACGGCCAUAACAUCGACCAGCACGUCAUCCACGGCGGCAAAAGCGUCCCUAUCGUGAAAGGCGGAGACCAGACCAAGAUGGAAGAAGGUGAAGUUUUCGCUAUUGAAACCUUCGGUAGUACCGGAAAGGGCUACGUGAGAGAAGACAUGGAAACCUCUCACUAUGCGCUGGUCCCGAAUGCACCUCAGGUUCCUCUACGGUUGUCGUCUGCUAAGAACUUGCUGAACGUCAUCAACAAGAACUUCGGCACUUUGCCCUGGUGCCGUCGCUAUCUCGAUAGACUGGGCCAGGAGAAGUAUCUUCUUGGUCUGAACAACUUGGUUUCGUCUGGAAUUGUCCAAGAUUACCCGCCUCUUUGUGAUGUCAAGGGCUCCUACACGGCCCAAUACGAACAUACCAUCGUACUCCGGCCUACCGUAAAGGAGGUCAUCAGCCGUGGAGAGGACUACUAA